UAUUCGUGCGGUACAUUGAACGGCGUUCGCUGCCACUUCGCAGUCUGCUGUAAAUUGGCGACUUACAACUAUAUUGCGAAACGGGAGCAGCAUUCGUCAAUGGCUAAUUACGCGAAGCUCGCAGUCGUUAUUGCCGUUAUCGUCGGCGUCGUUUGCGGAGAGGAGUUCAGCGAGCUCGAGGAUGUCGACAGAAAUAUUCUCGGGUUGAAUCUUCCGUACGGUAGAGGAUUGGAUAGCGAAUUGCAGCUGGCCAGAUUGAUACUGGUGGCUCCACGUCCCUCUCAUCCUAAGCGUAACUCCGAGCUUAUAAACUCCCUGUUGGGCCUACCAAAAAAUAUGCACAAUGCGGGGAAAUGAAAGUGACAUUGCUUGGUUGUACAAGAUAUUUAAAGAUACAUUACAUAUAGAAGAAUAUGCAUCUCAUAGUUUAUCCGUCAAAUAUAUAUUAGAACAGAGCAUUCAGAAAAUCAAAUGAAAAAUGUCAGCGCUGUUGCCAGAAACAUGGACCUCGUGUACAAAAUGAAUCGAUACUAAAUAAUAAAUGUAGAAACUCACAUACAUAUA